AUGCAGGUGGGGGGAGCAGCAAACCCUCAAUACGCAUGCAAUGAGCUGCAUAUACACCCCAAAACCCCCAGCAGGAGCUCGGUGCUGCUGCGGCAGCUGCAGCAGCAGCUGCAGCAGCUGCAGCAGCAGCAGCAACAUUACCAGCAGCAGCAGCAGCAGCAGCAGCAGCAGUAUGUUGGUUCGACUGCUGCUGCAAUGCUUCCUGCUGCUGCAGCAGCAGCAACAGCAGCAGCAGCAGCAGCAACUGCAGCAGCAGCAGCAACAGAACUAGAAAGACAAUGGAAGGUAUUUCUGUCGCAGCAGCAGCAGCUGCUGCUUGAUUUGCUGCUGUAUAUACAGAUGCAUGCACCUCCUCACGACCCUGCUGCUGCUGCUGCUGCUGCUGCUGGUGCUGGUGGUGCUGCUGCUGGUGAUGGUUCUGCUGCUGCAGGAGGGUUGCUGCUGCAGCACAAACUGCGGCUAAAACAGCAGCAGCAGCAGCAGCAGAAGCAGCAGCAGCAGCAGCAGCAGCAGCAGCGAGUAGCAAGCUCACACCCUCUUUAUAUAGAUAUGCUGCUGCUGCUGGAGCAGCAACCCUUCCUAGGGCAGCAGCUGCUGCUGCUGCCGCAGCAGACGCUGCUGCUGCUGCAGGAGAAGGUGCUUCCUUCGUUAUGCAUGCGUUUGCUGCUGCUGCUGCAGCAGCGGGAGCAGCAGCAGCUGCAGCAGCAACAUGCAUUUCAGCUGCAGCAACUCCAACAGCAGCAGCAGCAGCAGCAGCAGCAGCAGCAGCAGCAGAAGGAGUUUCUGCUGCAGCACCAAGCACAGCAGCAACAGCAGCAAACCCUUCUUGCUGCUCCCCCCCUUUGUCUCAGGCUUACUCAUCUACCCACCAAAGAACUAGCAGCAACCAACGAUGCCACGUAA